AUGAGCGACUUCACUCUCGACCCAGCAGCUGCCAUAACGCUGGGCGUUAUUGUAGGCUUGCUUUCGACAUGCGUCCAAUCGAUCGGCCUCACUCUCCAGCGCAAGUCGCACAUGCUCGAAGAUGAGAAGGAGGAUCAUUCUUUGCGACGGCCUCCUCACCGACGACGACGAUGGCAGAUUGGGAUGUUUCUGUUCUUGGUCGCAAAUAUCAUAGGAUCGACUAUACAGAUUGUGGCGCUGCCUCUGCCACUCCUCAGUACAUUGCAAGCAUCUGGGCUGGUGUUCAACAGUAUUCUGGCGACAUUGUUACUGAAAGAGCCAUGGACUUGGAGAUCAGCGUGGGGAACAAUACUGGUCGCUGCGGGGGCUGUCUUGAUCAGCUACUUCUCUGCCAUGCCAGAGCCGAGCCAUAGUCUUCAGCAGCUGUUGGUUCUGCUGGGCGAGGCAAGCUUCCUGGUCUGGUUCUUCCUGUCUCUGUUCUUCGCCAUACUGGUAGUGGUCGUGACAUUCACACUGCGCAAGUGCAUACCGGCCCAGAAGCGCGAGAGUCCACGAGUGCUCCUGAUCAAUGGUAUGAUAUUUGGGCUGGUGUCAGGAAUUCUAUCCGCGCAUGCUUUGCUUUUGGCCAAGAGCGCAGUCGAACUGGUCGUCCGCAGCCUGGCCCACCACAGCAACCAGUUCAAGUCAUGGGAGCCGUGGGUCCUCAUCCUGGCUUUCGUUGCCUUGUCGCUCUCGCAGCUAUACUACCUACAUUUGGGUCUGAAGCUUAUCUCGACAAGCAUUCUGUACCCUUUUGUGUUUUGCAUAUACAACAUAGUUGCGAUCCUGGAUGGCCUGAUUUACUUUCAGCAAAUGCACCGCCUGCCCCCGCUUCAUGCUGGUCUGAUUGCUUUGGGCACAGUCUUACUCCUGGCCGGCGUUUUGGCUCUCAGUUGGCGCCUGCAGGAUGACGACGACGAAGAUCAUCAUCUAGUGCAGACCGACAUCCCACAGACGGUUCUUGCGCCUGGAAUGGGAUUUGUGGGCGAUCCCGACACAGAUACAAACGACUCGGAUUCUGUGCAUACGGACGACGAUAUCGAGAGCGAGAGAGAAGUAACCGAGCAUACCAACUUGAUACGCAAGUCCCUGCAAAGAAGCCAUACCACGACGAAUAAAGUACCCAACUUCGUGCCUGGCCACACACAUGUCCAUACUAGCAAGCGCCGGCAUCGUGCGGCCACACUGAAAGAAGUAAGGGCGAUUUGGGAGGCACUGGGCGACUCGGAAGACCAGUAUGGCACUUUUGAGCGACCGACCUCCUCGACGUCGAAUCCCACAAGACCCGCUACAACAGGCCAGCAGCGUCAAAGGAGGCGUCGAAGAUCAAGUGCUGGAAAAUCACUCGGGCAGGGCGACGAGGAGGAGGGGGUAGGUCUCGAGCCCGGCCUCUCGAGAGCCAGCACGAUGCCAGCGCAGCCACAUCGAUCACGACAUAGGCGCAAGAGCACGUACUCUGGCAGCGCCCUUUUCUCGGAUUUGUUUAGAAGCUGGGGCUUCAAGAGGAAGGACGACGACCAUGGCGACGCGCCUCCGUCACCAAGUAGUAGCAGGCAUCGUCCUUCGAAUGGCAUGGCGUGA